GUGCCAUAUUUGCGCGCGUGGAUGCACCGACCGCCCCCCACUACUAACAUCACAUGUCUCACGCUCAUAUGGGGAGCCGGAGCUAGUGGGAAAAGGUGAAGCCGUUAUGAAGCUCCACGUGCCACGAGCCUUCUUGAUUACGGUUCGUUACCACUUUGUGUUGAUAUGCUGGAUCUGGUGGAGCUGUGGUAAGUCCAUAAAAUAUGUAGCUAUGCUUGAUUCAAUGUUUUGCUUCAGUCUACUCGUCUGAGUCAGGACCUGUGGAUUGUGGGACAACUGUGAACCUUACCAGUGUCAAUAACACUAUCAUCUAUGUGAAUGCCUCCCUGGAUACAGUAUGCUUCGAAUGUAGCUACACACAAAUUUUAUUUCUCACUAAUGAAGUGGUGUUCAGGGUGAAUGACACAGUUGUUACUCCAAGCAGCACUCUGGGAAGAGUCGUGAAGAAUUAUAUGCCUAACGCUUCAGAUACACUGGUAGUGAAUGACAGUGGCAGUGUGUUCAGUACAUUCUGGGAUACAAACAUACAAUGCUGCGAGGUUUUUACCAAAGGUUCAUGGUCAUGCAGUGGGAAUUGUUUCAUGGUAAAAGUGGGAGUUUUGUUCUUUAAAGUUUUCAACCCUCCAUCCAUUAUGGGGGAAACAGAGGUUACUGAGGGAAGUCCACUACAUCUAUAUUGUGAUGGGUCAAACUCAGAUCCUCAACCAACUUUACAAUGGAUCUCUCCUAAUGGGAAGACAGUCAAUGAGAGUGCGGAACUUGAUAUAGUGACUACCACCAGGAAUAUGACUGGGAUAUACACCUGUGUAGCUACUCUCCCUCGCUCCACCGCUACUAUGAUCUCCACUGUCGAUAUUAAGAUAAUUCUGCCAAUUGACUGUCCAACACUUAAUUCUACGGAUACCAUGAUAGUCAACAUGAGCUCCACUGAAGAGGGCAGUACUGCUACCUAUCAGUGUAGAGAUGGUCCCACUGAUGUGUACACUACUCAGUGUACCAGUACUGGAGUAUGGCACCCUCACCCUCUCUCUACUCUGGACUGUAGUAAAGAGACAGUUUCAUGUGAAAGGCUAAAUUCUACGGACACAGUCAUUGUGGUGAUGGGCUCCACUGCAGUGGGCAGUACUGCUACCUAUCAGUGUAGAGAUGGUCCCACUGAUGUGUACACUACUCAGUGUACCAGUACUGGAGUAUGGGACCCUAGCCCUGACUGCACAUCGAAAGAAACAGGGAAGUGGCUACCGUGGGGAGCAGGGGUAGUGGGACUUCUCCUGCUCUGCUGCGUCACCAACUGUGCUGUGAUAACUGCAGUGUGUGUCUGCAGGAGAAGCAGGAAAAAGAGAGAACAGUACCUUCUGAGAGAAAAUAGAAACCAUAGUAAUAAAGAGCAACAAAUGGCAGUGAAAAAUUCCCAGUACUUGCCUGUGGUCAAGAAAACAUCAGAAGGAACAACAGCAACAACAACACUAAAUGGGCGGUCUUUCGUGAUAGAGUCACAGCUAACAACACCGGCAGAGCCCAACGGGAAACCCUCAGAGCCCAAUGGGAAACCCUCAGAGCCCCAGCCUACCACCACACCUCCCAUUCCCCUGGGACAGUACUCAAUGAUCACGACCAUACCAGAACCAACUAGUGAGGUAUUCUGGGUCAUAUUCUGACUCGCAGGAUGAACUAAAACAACCACCUGUGCCUCAGCCACUGGUGCCCCUGGAAGUACCACAAGAAACCAGAAAGCCAAAUGGACAGUACUCUAUUGUACCGGAGCACACAACAGGACUCAUUGGUGCAUACUGUGUAGUCCAGACAGUGGAAGAAAACCCGACACCUGAACCCAGCAGAACAGUAGCUCAGAAACCACCACAAGGGAAUCAACAAAAGGGUCUGCUGUAUGUGGAAGUGAGUCUAAACACAGAAGGUGGUGGUUUUGAUCUGGUUGCAGAUAGAGUUGAGUAUGCCGCUCUGGACCUCAAUGCCAUGGCCAGCCAACAACCACCACCUCCUCAGACACCUCCUCCAACACAUGAUCUAGAUUCAAAGGUGAGUCUGGACCAGAUCCUCAUUCAGUUGAAGGAAGUCACUCCUCACUGGAGGAGACUGGGAGAGGCAGUUGGUGUACAGAGGCUGGACGAAAUAUCUGAAUAUGUGGGUAGUGAGAGUGAGGCAAUGGUGGAAGUGGUGGAUGGAUGGCUGGCCAACCUCCACCCCAACAAGCCCACGUGGAGGGAGAUAGCUGAUGUGGUGGACAGCAUUGGUCACCAUGACCUGGCUCACUCCCUCAGACAGGUCUAUGUCUCAGGUUCACUGCCCAUAAAAGUGAGCAACGAUCUGCCAGAGUCUCUGAUGGUCAGAGAAUUAACUCCAACUCCUCCACUUCCCCCUCGUGGAGCUGAUGAUGAACAACUUCCCUCACCGUUACCUGCAAGAACUCUUACUUAACUGCUGUGUGCAUGCAUAAUGAGUUUUUGACAUUCGCC